AGUUAUCUUCUACUCAUUGCAACUUCUAGCUGUAAUAAUAAGCGCUCAAUUCAACUGCAAAACUCAGUGUUGAAUACAAUUUGUGAAAAAGUGUGUGUCGGUAGGUACUGUCCUGCAAAAUUUAGAUAAAUGUUCCUUUUUUAUGAAUAUAUAUAUUUCAUCGUUUGAAACAAUGCAAAUGACCAAGCUAUUUAAGUGAUUCAUGAAUAUUUCACCUAUCAAAUAAAAUUUGUAUUGAGUGCCAGUAACAACUUGGACUUGAAGAAGUUACAACAAUCUAUGACUAUCUGAGGGGACCUGAAAAACACUUGACGAAAUAAAAUGGAGGAGUUGCAAUUCUUGAACGGACCAUGCCAGAUAGUCCCAGCCACACAGGAAAUAAUAACAGAUAGAGAUGGUUUUGUCAAGCUAAGAAUUCCAAAAACUGGAACUGCUUUGGAAACUAUCGAGCCUUUAUCAGUUCCAGGACUGAUAAUGAAAACUGCUGAAAAUUAUCCAGAUAAUAUAGCAUACAUUUAUAAAAAUUCGGAGAAUAAAGCAGUUAAAGUCACUUAUAGUGAAUAUCUAAAAAAAAUCCGGGUUUGUGCCAAAGCCUUCCUCCGUCUAGGAUUAGAACCUCGCAAUGGUGUUGGUAUAAUAGGCUUCAAUUCACCAGAAUGGAUCAUAUCAAACAUGGCAGCUAUAUUCGCUGGAGGUAUGUCUACAGGAAUCUAUACAACAAAUUCCCCAGAGGCCUGCCUUCAUUGCGCUAAAUUAAGUAAUGCCAAUAUAAUAGUUGUAGAAGAUGAAAAGCAAUAUGAUAAAAUAGACCAAAUACGAGAUCAAUUGCCACAGCUGAAGGCAGUUGUUCAAUAUUCCGGGGUACCUAAAAAUGCUGACGUCUUGACAUGGGAUAAACUUAUGGAAAUUGGUACCCAAGAAGAUGAUACACUUCUUGAAAAUUCUUUGAAAAGGAUUGCUAUCAAUCAGUGCUGUACCCUCAUAUUCACUUCUGGAACUGUAGGUAAUCCAAAAGCAGUUAUGUUAAGCCACGAUAAUUUAGUAUUCGAUAGUAGAGCAAUUUUUGAAAAAAUUGAUGCAGGACCAAAUGAAAUGAUAGUCAGUUACCUGCCAUUAAGUCAUGUAGCAGCUCAAAUAAUAGAUAUGUACGUUGCUACAACAGCUGCUGCCACCAUAUUCUUCGCCGACAAAGAUGCACUAAAAGGUUCUUUAGUAAAAACUUUACAAGAAGCUAGACCAACCAAAUUUAUUGGUGUACCUAGAGUAUGGGAAAAAAUACAAGAAAAAAUGUUAUCAAUAGGUGCACAAAGCGGAUUUCUCAAAAAAUCCAUAGCCAACUGGGCUAAAGCACAAGCAUUGGAACAUAAUCUCAAGAAAAUGAAAGGCGAACAUUCAAGCAGUUGGGGAUACAGCAUUGCUUCUAAUCUUAUUUUAAGUAAAGUAAAGCAAGCCUUAGGCCUUGACAGAUGUAAUAUAUUUGUCUCAGCUGCUGCCCCAAUAUCUAUGGAUGUAAAGAAGUAUUUUCUCAGCUUAGAUAUUCCAAUAAUGGAUGCAUUUGGCAUGUCAGAAUCAAGUGGAGCUCAUUGUUUGGCAAUUCCAUCGUGUUUCAACUUGACUUCUGUUGGUCAAACAAUUCUUGGUUGCAAAACCAAAGUAGUUAAUGCAGAAGAUGGCCAAGGAGAAAUAUGUAUGUACGGAAGACAUGUUUUUAUGGGAUACUUAAAUGAACCAGAAAAAACCAAUGAAACUAUGGACUCUGAUGGUUGGUUACAUUCUGGCGAUCUUGGCAAAAUAGAUGAAAACAAUUUCGUAUACAUAACAGGAAGACUGAAAGAAUUAUUGAUAACUGCCGGUGGUGAAAAUGUUCCCCCUGUACCUAUUGAACACAUUGUUCAAAAAGAACUUCAGAAUAUUGGCUAUGCAAUGGUUAUAGGCGACAAAAAAAAAUUUCUUUCGCUAUUGAUAACACUCAGCUGUGAAGUGGACCCUGUUGCAGGUGCACCAACUGAAAUUUUAACUCCUAAUGUGCAGGAAUGGUUGAAAAAUAUAGGCUGUCCUGCAAAAACCAUCAAGCAAGUCUUAGAAGCAGGACCUGAUUCUAAGUUAUUGAAUGCAAUCCAAGAAGGUAUCGAUAGGGCCAAUGAAAAAGCAACAUCUAAUGCACAGAAAAUACAGAAAUUCAGAAUACUUCCAUCAGACUUUUCAAUACCCACUGGAGAAUUAGGUCCCACUAUGAAACUGAAGAGAAGAAUUGUGAUAGAAAAAUAUCAAGAUUUGAUCGAUUCAAUGUAUAGUUGAAUAUAUAAAAUUAUAUUUUGGGAAAUAAAAGCACUUUGUUUCAAAACACA